AGACUAACCAGCAGUAUUAAAAAUCUUUCCCCAAAAUAAAAAAAAAAAGUUUUAGAAAAGAAACAUUAUCCCUUCCGGAAGGGUAAAACAAUAAAUAUACAGAAAGAGCAACGAACGAUCCCCCGCUAUCCUCUAAUCCACUCCUAAAUUAUCCCCGCAGAAAAAUAAAAAUCUCAAAACUGCCCUUGACCUUCACCAAUUGCUCUUUCUCCUCAAAUAAAUCCCCUCCUCAAUCUCCUCACAGCCCCUCUCUCUCUCUUAAAAGUCUCUAUUUUCAUAAACUUAACUAUAUUUAUCAAUUCCUUUGUGCUUUCUGACUCGCGUUCGUGUGAUUCGGUGCUGAGUCAUUUUAACGAUGACUCGACGGUGUUCGCAUUGCAGCAACAACGGGCAUAACUCACGCACGUGUCCCACGCGCUCUUCGACCUGCUCCUCGGCUGCAGGCUCUGGCUCGGCUUCGUCCUCUGCAUCGUCGAUCGCAGGUGUGAGACUAUUCGGAGUGAGGCUUACGGAUGGAUCAAUUAUUAAAAAGAGCGCGAGUAUGGGCAAUUUGUCUGCUCACUACCAUUCUUCAGCUGCUGCUUCACCUAAUCCUGACUCUCCGCUGUCCGAUCAUGUUCGUGAUUCGGUUCAGGAUGGUUACUUGUCUGAUGACCCGGCCCAUGCUAGCUGCUCCACCAAUCGACGCGGUGAGAGAAAGAAAGGUGUUCCAUGGACAGAAGAGGAGCAUCGAUUAUUCUUAAUUGGUCUUCAGAAAUUGGGGAAAGGAGACUGGCGUGGAAUAGCUAGAAACUAUGUGGUAUCUAGAACUCCUACCCAGGUAGCAAGCCAUGCUCAGAAAUAUUUCAUCCGCCAGACUAAUGCCACACGAAGAAAGAGACGCUCCAGCCUUUUUGACAUGGUUCCUGACAUGGCCACAGAACCCCAAUCAGUACCAGAAGAACACGAGUUGCCAUCAUGUCAGUUAGGAGAUACCGAUAAUGCAGAUGCACUGCCUUCACUGAACCUUUCUCUUAAGCCAGAAUGUGAAGCCAUGGAGACUGCAUCUGAAGAACCUGCUAGAGAACUUGAGGAAAUGCUGACCGGGUCUAGUGAAUUCAAACAAAUGAUACCGAAAUUAAGUGAAUUCACACCAGCUAUACAUCAGCUGAGUGAAUUCACACCAUUUGUUCCAGGAUUCUACCCAGCUUAUAUGCCAAUACCUUAUCCAUUUUGGCCUACAAAUGCUGCUCCUCAUGAAGAAGUGAACGGCAUGGAGACAUCAAACCAUCAAGUCCUAAAGCCAGUUCCAAUAUUUCCUAAGGAGCCUGUCAAUGUGGACGAACUGGUUGGCAUGUCUCAUCUUAGCAUAGGAGAGACACAAAGAGAUCACAGAGAGCCAUCGCCGCUCUCCCUGAAAUUAAUAGGAGAGCCAUCAAGGCAGUCUGCAUUUCAGGCUAAUGCUCCAGUCAGUGGGUCUGACUUGAGCCAAGGCAAAAGUAGUCCUAUACAGGCAGUUUGAAACGGAGAAGAAAAAGGGAAACAUUAUUUUAGUAAUUCUUUUAGUUUUUUCUUUCCCUCCUUUCCUCUCCUCUGUAAAAUGAGAAUUUUCCUCUCCUUUUGUUCUCCUCUCUAUAGUGUCUUAAGUUUUAUGGUCGUUAUAACAUAGGAUGAUGAAUGAUUUGGUUUGAAAUAUUUAUUCUUUCUAACUGUAAUCAGCUAGAAUUAUAAAUAAUUGAAUCGUAUGUCAACAACGUAGGGUGAUGAUUUGGUUUGGUA